AGAAACAUGCCAGACCUAUACUACGUACCCGGCUCGGCGCCCUGCAGGACGGUGCUCCUGGCGGCCAAAGCCCUCAACGUCAACCUGAACCUCAAGCUGGUGGACCUUCACCACGGAGAACAGCUCAAGCCUGAAUACCUGAAGCUGAACCCCCAGCACACAGUCCCCACGCUGGUGGACGACGGACUCUCUCUGUGGGAGUCCCGCGCCAUCAUCACGUACCUGGCCAACAAGUAUGGCAAGGGCAGCACCCUCUACCCUGAGGAGCCCCGCGCGCGAGCCCUUGUAGACCAGCGGCUGUACUUCGACAUUGGAACACUGUACCAGAGAUUCGCUGAUUACUUCUACCCACAGAUAUUCGGUGGCGCGCCCGCUGACCAGGGCAAGCUACAGAAGAUCGAGGAAGCCCUCAAGUUCCUGGACACAUUCCUCGAAGGCCAGAAGUAUGUGGCCGGCCCCAACCUGACCCUCGCCGAUCUGAGCCUCAUCGCCAGCGUCUCCAGCUUCGAGGCCACCGACAUCGACUUUAAGAAAUACUCUAACGUUAAGAGAUGGUACGAGACCGUCAAAUCCACAGCUCCUGGUUACCAGGAAGCCAACGAAAAGGGUCUGGAAGCUUUCAAGGGCCUCGUCAACAGCAUGAUGAAGAAGUAACCGCCCCGCCCACGGCAUCCGCUCACUGUUGUUUGCAAUCACACAUGCGUUCUGUAAGAACGAAUUUCUAUGUUUAAGAUAUUUUAAGGCACAAAAUAAAUUAUAAAUAAUAUUUAA